CAACCCAGAGUACAUGUCUUGGGACUCGGUAGCAUUGGUACCUUUGCAGCGCAUUGCCUUGCAGGGAUACCAGCCCCUCUGACGCCCUCCAUCACCUUGUUACUACAUCGGCCAAAUCUCGUCAACGAGUAUAUCAAGAGAGGUCGCAAAAUACGAUUAGAAACGGUAGAAGGAGAAGUCGUGUACCGCGAUAAUUAUCACGUCGAAGUCUUGGAUAACGGGGAAUGGCAUCGCGUUCAGACAGAGCCAGGAUCAAGCCCAGUCGUUCAAGACGACAUCAUCGACCACCUCAUUGUUUCAGUCAAGGGUGCGCAAACAACAGCAGCGCUCAAGCCACUAAAACACCGUUUAAACGCAUCCUCGCACAUACUAUUUCUACAAAACGGAUCUGGUAUGGUUGAAGCUGCCAACGAAGAAGUGUUCACCGAUCCAGCCACAAGGCCAAACUAUCUCACCGGCGUCAUCUCACACGGAGUCACACUGAAUGCCCCCUUUGACAUUACGCACACUGGAUUUUCCGCUACAUCAUUGGGGCUUGUUCCUCGAUCACAGUCUAAUACAGAAGCAACCGCGCCGUCAUACCUGCUGGAAGCCCUUCCCCUUGUCCCGAGGUUCAACGCUACGACGUACUCCACCUUGGACAUUCUCCAGAUCCAGUUAGAGAAGCUCGCCGUCAACGCUUUCUGUAAUCCUCUCUGCGCUCUCAGUGAUGCCAAAAACAAGUUUUUGUUCACCAUCCCUGACACUCGUCGAGCUCUGCUCACAGAAAUUUCUCGAGUCAUACAAGCACUUCCAGAGCUACGGGGGAUACCUGGCAUAUCGGAGCGCUUCUCAGUUGACAAGCUGGAGACAACAGUGAAUGGCAUCAUUCGUGCAAACUCAGAGACAACUUGCUCGAUGGUGGUAGAUUUACGGCGGGGGCAGAAGACAGAGAUCCUGUUCAUCAAUGGAUACUGGUGUCGAAGGGGGAGGGAGGUUGGGGUACCGACGCCCAUCAACGAUAGUCUGGUGCGGCGGAUUCUGGAGAGGCAAGGAGAUAUAGAGCUAGCAAAGCAAUAUUAA